AAAAGACUCUUUAUUGACAUCUCAUGGCAGAAUUAGGAAAUUACAGUAUCAGCAGAUGCAGUUAAAUAAUUUAAACUACACUUCCAUAUUUAAUUUCCCUGAGGAAGUCAUCCCAAAGGGAUCAAUAAAGUCAAGUCUGGGUCUAAGUCUAUUUGUGUGUGUGACUAUGGGGUUAGCAAUUCAGACUGUCUCUCCUGGAGGCAUUCAUAGUGUUGCACUUGCUUGUUGUAACAAAAAGUGUCAUCACUGCACCACACUAUGAGCCCCAUUUGUUAUUUCCCACUCUUGAUCAGGGAUUGCUAUAUACACUACAGGUUACAGGACCAACAGAGCAAGCCAGCACUAGAACUGUCAAGUUACUGAAAAUAAUGUUUAAUUUGUUAUGCACUAUGCUUACUGUUGGCAGGACCUUUAUCGCUGUCACUACAGUUAGAAAAUAUGGUAAAUGCUAAUUGCAUGUGGUAAUACGAGUCACCCUUCUUUCUAAAUCUGUUUGACAUUAUUUAACAGAUUUAAGAAAAUCUUGGAAAAAUGUUGGGAAUCCUAAUAAUUACCACUUGUGGUCACAGGAGGUGCUAUUCAGCAAAGGUUAAAGGGUUUAAGUAUUAAGAGUUAGGUUAGUGUAACAGGAAUGUGGUGGAAGAACAGUUUGUGUGUGUGUGUGUGUGUGUGUGUGUGUGUGUGUGUGUGUGUGUGUGUGUGUGGUGUGUGUGUGUGUGCGUGUGUGUGUGUGUGCGUGUGUGUCUCAUGUUUCCCUGGGUUACAGUGUGUUAUCUGAUCCACAGCUCAUUUCCACAGUGAGAAGCUGAUCCUGCACAGCUCUGCUUCAGGCACACCAAAGGAGAUGCGUUGCCUGUUGACGACUCAGAGCCAGAACUGCUACCGGGAGCAGAUUCAGAAGGAGAUGUUGACACGUUUGGCCUGGAAGAGCCGCUACGCUAAGCUCUACCCGUCCUGCUACAACCCCCAAAACAACAGCACGGAGCUCACACAGCUGCCCCAACUGCCCCCGGCCCCCCGGGUGGUCUUCCCUCCUGUUACCAGAACACCUAAGAGACAGAGUGACCUUCCUCCUCUUUCUCCUCCUGCUCUCUCUGUGGAAGUGACCACCACAAUGAGGCCAGUUUCUCCCAAGACCAGACAGACUCUCUAUCAGGACUCCUCUCACCACGGGAGAGGACGGAGUCUGUACCUGCACAGACGUGGCCAGAUGAGACCUGAGGAGAAGUUUGAUUUCCCUCUGCUCUCAUCCUGGGAGUACGGUUGGAGGCUGGGUGACUACACUCUGGAUUACAGGACUCCGUCCCGUGCCAGGUCGUCAGUGGUGAAGAACACCUUCUACGCCAGGAACGGUGUGUUCAGCAGCCCGUCAGCCACCGACAUACUGGGCUGAGGAUCAGACACUAAUUGAGAGUUUAUGUGAUAAAUUUUCUUGUUUGUUUUAAGACACAGAUUUAGUUUUAAUGUCAUUUUGGGAUUUUAGGGUAUUAUAAAUUAUUUUGUGAUCAUGAUAAAUUGCCACUUUUAGGGGUAUUGCUACAAAAUCUUGCCAUUUCCUGCUGCUAUAACAAAAUAAAGGCUGUCCUGCACAAAAGCACCAGUAUCAGAUGUUAUAUUGCAACUAAAAGACCAAUCAGUCAGAUUUGACAAAUCUGAUGGCAAAAAACUACAAAUGCAACAGUCCACAAAUCCUUAACUUCCUGUAACACUGUCUGUUUACCAUCCAUACAGCUGUAAGGUUAAAUGUCUGGUAACUUGAUGUGGUGUGAUUGAUAAUUAAUGACCUCUGGCCUGGUAUCAGUCAGAAGAGUGAGUUCAACUCUACACAGCUGAUACCUCAGUGUUUUUAAACAGAGAGCCAAUGGAGGAAAUGUUACACACCACAACAAUUAAUAAUUUAUUUCUAAUAAGUCAUUAUACAGUAUUAUUACUGUUGUAUAUAUGUUUCCAUUAUAUGAAUAAUAACCUUAUUUAAUGCUUAAAUAAUCAGUAUUAUCUUUUUUCCCACUGUAUGAUAAUGCUCCUGAUUAGUGUGUAGACACCAAUGGAGGUCCAUGACACAGAAGAAUAAUAUAUAGUAAGUCAGGCUUUGGAUACACAGGCAAUUUAUUUCCUACUCUAAAUUAGGACAAUAAAAAUCCCAAUUUCCAAUCAGUCAUUUAAACCCAAAACAAGGCCUAGUUUUAAAAAUACUAAUGCUAUUCUUUAAGUAAAUGCUACUGGCUUUUCACCUUGUUAAGUGUGUUUGUUUGAGCAUGUUUGAGUCCAAGCUUGAGAGGAUUUUUUAUACUCAUUUAAUUCUAAUCUGUUCAAAGUGAAACAUCUGACAAUGGUAAGACACGAUCAGUAAUUGCAGUCAAUCUUUAUGACAAUAGAGAUUUGAAGUUUAGAGAAUACAUCAUUUUCCUCAAGUGCUUUUAAACUGAAUAAAACACACACUUACAGUAACAGACUCAGGAAACAUCACUAAUGUAGACUUGGUUGUUUAAUGUUACAGUGUAUGAGAUGUAUUUCAGUCAAUAUGGAAGCAAAAGCAGAUUUCAGUCUUGUGCUUUUUGAAGGUGGGACACAGCAUUUAUACUUAGAUUACAGACUGCACCUUUAAAA